UUCCGGCUAGAGACGUGGGUAGACACCAUGGCACAAGCUGAUGGAAUGGUAGCCGUUUUGGAAACGAAAACUUUAUUGUUUACGAAGUUGCAAGCUCUAGAACAACUAAUUUCUUGUCUCGAAAACGGACAUAUCGGUGACGAAGGAAGUAAAAUAUUGCAGGAUGUCGAAGAUGCCAUCGUGAAGGGAGAGUUGGUACUACAAAAGAGAGAAAAAGACUUGAACUACGUAGAUUCGCUAGAAAACGAUCAGGACUUUGUCUUUAAACAACUGAAAAGACUCUUGAAUAUAAUUGAAAAGAGGAGAAGAAGAGCCACAACGUUGUUUUGUUCUGAAAAUAACAGAAAACAUUUUUUGUUAUUUGUCAAUCCAAAGAAAGUCCAACAUUCUUUACAUCCAAGGAUUCAAGUGACUUCAGAGAGAAAAAUACCAGUGUAUCUCCAUCCUGGUCAGUCUCCACUGGCAGAUAAAGGGAGGAGGCGAGUGCCACACCUAAGCAUUCCUUACAGAGCAGUGAUCAAGGGAAAAUACUCACACUUACCCCAGAGACUAGGAAAACAAAUCCAACCACAUUCAGGAACUGUCACAACUUAUGGAUCCUGUGCUUAUAGGAGUAGUUCUUGUGAUUUCGACAAUGAUAGUCACAAGUUCUAUAGUUUCCAGCAAAUGAUCGCUGCAGAUGUUACAGGGAUGAGAUAUGCAGAAAGAUGUGAUUCAGCAAAUAACCAAGUAUCAUUCAACAUGGUAGACCAUGAUGCAUGCAGGACUUCCCAUUGUUUUGAUGAAAAACAAGGAAAGAUAAACAGCAUUGAAUCAAUGCCAGCUUGGUCAUGUAGAGAAUUGGAAAAGACAAAGCCCAUUUUUGCAUCAGAUGAUGAGUUUUGGGAAGCACUUCAAUCUGACUAUGAUUAUCUAAUGGAUGAAGAAUUGAUGAAGACUUGUAAAGAAACAUCAGAUGAGCUGUCCUUGAGUAGCCCUAAUGAUGAGACCCCAUUCACAACAAGCACAUGGUCAUUCACAGAACUAAUUAACAACUUCAAUGUGCUUCAGAACAGCUUAAGUCACUUGAUUUCUGUUAUAAUGAAGAUUAAUAAAUGGGAGAACAAGAUGUCCAGAAGGAACUACAGAUGGGAAAAAUAGAAAUUAAAGAUGAACUUCUGAAAAAGAAGCUUCAAGUUCAGAAGUUUCAAGAGCAAGGAGACCACCUACAAAGACGAUAUCCAGACAUGAAAGAUGAAAUCAGCAGACUUGUGCAUUUUUUAAACAAUAAAUUAAAUGUUUUAGAAGACAGUGUAGUACCACAUAAAUCUCUACUCUCAGAAGAUGAACUUUUUAAUGGUUUGUAGCAGUCUUUAACUAUAAGUUAUAUAG